AGGCGCAUAUUGCGGGGCUUGAGCAGGUUGGAGGGAGGCAUAGCUGUGGGCGAGGGGAUCUUCGUCGUCGGAGUCGUCGCCGAACUGGUCGGCUUGUGCGAGCCUUUCAUAGCCCGUUGUUGCUGGGCGCGUGCGUGGCAUUGUUGCGGCCGUCGAGGACAAGAACACCCGGAGUGUGAGGACAAAUGAGUGAGCGAUGGAAUUGCGACUGGAUUGACACGUCUGUCGUUCAAUUUGAUGGUUGAAAUUAAGGGAGGCAACAACCAGCAGCACUACCUGUCGUACGAGGGCAACAGCGAUCUAGAAAACCGGUAGGCUACGCGUGGAGAGAAGCUAGAGUAUUAAUACAAAAACUAAAUUCGACAUAUAAGCGUGAGAGUGGUUUCUCUGCCAGGCCAGGGCAAAGAGAGAUGAUGGCUCAAUCAGUAAGAAAUGAUUGUCUCCUGUUUCUGCUGUCGUCAGUGAUUACCGCGAGGAUCGAAGCGUGCCAGGGACACGGAGCCAGGCCACGAAUGAGGCAAUGACGGCAGCGGGUGUGUCGGGGAAUCCUGUGGAGCUCACAGUGUUCAGUUCUCCCCCUUCAUCCCCUGCCGCACUGUCCAGGCCUGGCCGUCAAGGUCCCCAAUAAUUCCGACGUCCACCCACUUACAAUGUUUCAACAACACUUCAUCUUUUUUCUACGUAACCUCCCAGCAGCAUCAGCGUUGGCGUGAUUUCUUGAUUUCUUUUAGAUCCCUCCCUACUCAACCACAACUCUCCUAUCAUUUUCUUUCGGCUUUAGUCUCCCCCAUCCGGAGCAGACCGGCGGCAGCUACCCACCAACCCUCCCCAAUCGGAACACCGUUUCUGUUUCAAUCCCCCCGUCGUCUUACUAUUCUCAUACUCAUGCAUGCAGUAGUGUAGCAGCCUACCGCCUCGUUGAUCUAGAACCCUUUAUUCGUUUCCUCGGCCUCGCACCAGCACACAACCAACACCACAUGCCAGAACGUGGUGUCUCUUGGUUCUUGAUCAACCUCGUCGUGCAGGACACGUAAUAUUUCUUGCUACCGAGUUCCGGCCUUCUUGUCUGAUUUUAUUAUCGUUCCCCCAGAACAGCAAGGCUGUUUUUCUUUUCUCCUCCCCGCAAGCCCCCCUCAUUGCUGCGAACAGGGAUUCAGCCCCAGUCAGAAUGCCACGCCAAUACUUUUGCUGGAAAGUCUGCCUCACCUUUGGCUGCGGCUGCAAGGAAGACACGGCCACCCACCACGUGUGCGACAGUUUUCGCACAAACUGCAGCUCGUGGGUCACGUACAAGACUACCAACAAGAGCUGUUCUUAUCACCGACGGGCUAAUGGCCUGGAUCUGAAGCAACAGGACGACAAGGAGGAGGAUUGGUCGGUCGUGAGCGAGGGCCCAGAGACGCCGGGGUCAGAGGAGGAGACGCAGUGUCAAGUGGGAUAUCAAGGGACUUGGGAAGGGCAGUAUCUGAAGAGGAGGGCUGCUUGAGUCUUGAGGUUGGUUGAUAUUACGGACCAGACUGCUAUACACACCCAUCGCAACUUACCCACAUUUCUCCUUCUCACACAAGCCGCAGAACAUCAGCAGGCAUAUGAUUAUAUCAAUAUUUAUUCAGCAAAUCAGUUGACAAGUUCACAACAUGUCAGGGUAUCUUGUGCAAUACUGGUCUUGUGUGUCCAGAACCCGUCUCUUGCUAUGGAAAGCAACUAUUCCAACACACUAAGAUGUAUCUCGGUUAUCAUGAUAUCGAACGCCAUAUACCCCUGGGUAUCUUGCUAACCAUCCCCGAACCAUGCCAACCCCUGAAAAAAAAAAAACGCCGCAACUCCCAGCUUCCAGUUCCCAGUUCCCAACUCCGUCCCCGGAGCCGCCAGUUUUGCGGAUGAGAAUACCGCCCCCCGGCGCUGUAAUACAUCCCCUUCGUCUGGCCUAUUGAGCUUCGCCAUGUCGACAGUAAUCUGUGAAUACCGUCUCGUGUCUAUUCCCCCCGCCCCUCUCUAAUCAGGCAUAACCUUCCCCAACUCCCCAACAAACUCCUCCAACUCUUCCUCCUCCCCCUUUUCCAACCCCAAAAUCUUUCCCCAAUCAAACUUAUCCCUCGCAUACCCGCAUCCUCCAUAGCCCUCCUCACCUCCCCCCUCAACCUCCAAACCUCCCCCCUCCUCUUGACAACCCCCCUCGUCUCCCUUGUCAACAACACGUCCAACUCAACCCUCUCCUGCAUCUUUUUGAUCUCCCGCCAAACAUCUCAAACCUGAGCUCCUCCCUCAGAAGCUCCCCUCCAUUGUUCCAAGCGCCCCUCUUCAGAAAAGCCCCCCACCAUCUGGGCGGCGGGCUCAUCAAAUAGUCCUCCGGCAGGUCAACCCCAGGAUUAUCCUUCUUCCAGCGCAAAAAGUCGGUUUGGUGAGCCGUCAUCAUGUCUUGAAGCUCCUCGUUUUGGUCGGGCAGCUUCGUGCUCUUCCAUCUCGAGCUGGAAGAAAGAUCCAUCGCCAUCAUUGGGGUGAAAAGCCUCUCCUUGGCGAGCCUUUCCCCUUCCCGGUCCGCCUCCUCUUUCCGGCGUUGGAGAUGAGCCCUCCGAUACCUCCCAGCACCGUCAAAAUCCUGCUCUAGCGACUCCCUCAGAGUAGAAUUAAGCUCCUCCCUGAUGAUCUCCCCCAACGGCAGAAGGCGCGAGAGCCGCUCUUCAAUACCGGCGAUGAUGGUCUCAAAGCACUUCCGCCCGCACCUCUGUGCUUUCGACGCCCUCACCCUUGCACGGGGGGAGCUCUCAGCCGUGACGGGAGUCGCGAGCAGUGUCGCCAACGUACGUUGGUACUCACCCAGGUUCUUCGCCAGCGUGUCAACCGUCUCCCUGUGGGCGUCCAAGUCCUCGUAGAUGAGAUCGAGGGCGUCACCCAGAACGCGGGUCUGGGCGGAGCAGAUUCCGACUCGGUGGUCUAGGCAGUCGGGGUUGAAGGGUUUUGGGGAGGGGGGGUGGGGGGGGUCGAAUUCAUCCGUGUCGGGUGGUCUCUCUGGUGCGGGUUUUGGAAAAGGGCGGCGGGUGAGGUGAUUUGGAGAGAAGGAUCGCCAGAAGGAGCGGAGUGAUGGGUUGGUUUCGUGAUCCGACUGGUUUGUUGGGGAGGCACUGAUUAGGUCGGAUGAUGACGGGACCGCGAUUGCGUCCGAGCGGGGAGGUGAGCAAGACCGAGAGUGUUGUUGGCUUUGGGGUGGGCCUGAUGGUGGUUGUAAAGCAGUUGGAAGGGCAAUUGUCCAUGGUCCAGGUCGGUAACUCGAAGCGGUUUCUUGCGGGCUUGGAUGGCGAGUCCCAUCGUGAGGAGGCGCACCAA